AAAACGCGCUUUGUCGCGUGAAGUUUUAGAAACAGAAAUAUUAUUAUUUGUUGAAAAUGACGGAGACUAAGAAAAAGAAACAUGUAUCGAAAAAAAAUAAAAAAGCGUGGCGGAAACACUGUGAUAUUAAAGACGUUGAAAAUUUCCUGGAAGAUCAGCGAUUAGAAGAGAGACUAGGUAAAUUUGAAACUAAACCGGACAGUGAGAUCUUCAUCAUAGACACGGGAGGAGAUGGUAUCAAAACUAAAGAUGAAGACAUUAAGCCUAUAUCAUUAAAAAAACUAAGAAGAAGUAAGCUAGGGGAAUUCCCUAAAUGCUUUGAAAUUUUACUACCCGAUUCAAAGGUGCAAGAUCCAAAUACAAAACGAAAUACCGUAAAACCAGUAGGUUCCAAGCCGACGGCCUUCAGUAAGUUAACUGAUAAACGAAAAUAUGAGAAGGGUAUUUAUCAGAAGAAAAUAGAAGAUGCACGCAGGAACAGGAAAAUGGCAUUGCAAAAGAAGAGGCGGGCAAAACAAGUGCGACAGAAUUUCAAUUUGGACCUUUGGGGCAAAGAUUUACCAGAUUCCAAAACCAUCCCCUCAACAUUAUGCGAUGAGUUCAUUCCUCCACAAGCUCAGCUGCACAAUGUGUUACCAGAACAGCGUCUUCGACAGAAGCCUCCACUUGCCCAGACUCUAGUGACUCGUGCCGCUGUAGAUGUUCCACACCCUGGAGUCAGCUAUAACCCAUCAUAUCAGGAGCACCAAGAGCUCCUGCAGGAGGUUGUGCAGCACGAGCAAAAACUGAUCAAGAAGGAACAACAUCUGGACCGGGUCACCACCAAAAUGUUCAAGAAAGUCACCGCUGCUGAAAAAGAAAAUCAAUGGCGUGAAGAGAUGAGUGAAGGUCUGCCGAAACCACAUAACCCUGCGGAACAUGACUCCGAAUCCGACGGAGAGUACAAAGCCAUCAACCCUCCCGUUAAGAAUAAGAAGAAAGAUCACAAGGCUCGAAGGAAACAGAAGGAGAGACUGUUAGAGAAGGAACGCCUGAAAAGGGAAAAGAUUGACAAAAAGAAGAUAACUGAUAUUUACAAGCUUCGGAAACUGGAGUCUUCGAUCAAGAAAGGCGAGAGGGUUCGCGAGGCUCAGCGCGUCCAGCGAGCCGCCCGCCGCGCCGCCCGCGCCCGCGCCGCGCCCCCCGCACUCAGCGCGCACCCCGCGCCCGCCCCCGCCCCGCCGCUCGUCCCGCCCGCGCAGCUCUCCGGCGACCUGCGCCGCGUCGCGCCCGCCGUGAACCUUCUCCGCGAACGUUUCGAGUCGCUCCAACACCGCGGCGCCCUCGCAGCCUCCAGGGUCAUGAUGAAGAAGAAACGGAAAUUAAAGAGCUACUUCAAGCCGGGACACAAGGUCACCGACCAAGAUGUACAGAAAUUUAUCAAAAAUCAUAAUAUAGAAGUAUAGAUUCACGAAAUAAAGUUGAGCUUACAAAAU